UUCGUCGAUGACUAUGUUUUGACGUCAUUCUUCCAACUUAUAAGGCGAAACUCUCGUCCAGACAAGUCACUCGAAAAGAGGAUAUCACAGAACAACAAACCUCUCAUUUGUCUAUUAAUUUUUGGAAAAUCUUCGUCAUGAAGUUUCACAGCAUGGUCGCGUCUCUGUCGCUGUUGGUCGUCGCAGGAGUGAGUCACGGCCUCCCAGCCGCCGUCACGGCCCCUCCUCAGGUGGCCGCUCAGUGCCCCUACACGCCGGGGCCGAUCCCUCUGCUGCUGCCCAACCCCGUCGACUGCGGCUCCUUCUACAUGUGCAGCUGGUACGGGACGGCCCUGUUGCAGCACUGUCCUCCUAUGCUGCACUUCAACGCUAAACUGCAGGUGUGUGACUCUCCUGCAAACGCCAACUGUGUCCUGAGAACCACAGCUGCCCCCGUCUCCAGCACCACUACUGGUGCUCCAGUCUCCAAUGUGACAUCAGCUGUUCCUGUCUUCAACAAAACUACAGCUGCCCCAAUUACCAAUAUAACUACAGCGGUUCCAAUUCACAAUGCGACCACAGCUGUUAUUUCUCCAGCGUGACCACAUCUUUUCCAAACUCCACUGUAACCUCAGCUGCAUCCAGCUGGUCCAUGCUCCAUGUAUACAGUGUUCAGGGUAACCACGACCGGACCAGACUUCAGAGUACGAUUAAGGUCACUAUCAAGAUGGUUCCUAAUGUGCCAUGCAUUUACUUUGCAAUAAACCCUUUGAAGACAAGCUUUGCCUUU